AUGUCGUUCUUCGCUUUGGGCGUAGACCCUUUUGCCAACCACAUAGCGGAAAUGUCUUCGUCCGAUGACGCAUCCGCUCUGAAGAGCACCACUGAGAAGUCUCUUGCUAAUCGUUCUCGCACGACUGUCGGAUCGUGUCAUCAAGCGAGUUCGACAGAACAUACAAAACAGUCACCCCCAUCAGAGGCACAGCCUGCACCCAGUGCCGAUAAGCCGUCUGGAAAAAGCAGAAUUGCGUCUAUUCGCUCGCGUGACGGGACGACGUAUCCUGUUGAGACAACGAAGGAGCUGCAGCAGGUGCUCCUAUCCGCUGAUGCAAUGGGCAGAACCACUGGAAAUGAGGCGUACACGCGAGUUCUGACCGAGAAGGAGUUCGCGGAGGCCGUCAAGGCCGUCGUUCCAAGUGCCACAGACGAGGAAAUCAUGGAUCUCAUGAUGAAGGUUGACUACGAGGCAAAAGGGCGUACCACGUGGGAUGACUUUUCAACGUUUUUGGUUUCUCGGAGCCGGCAACGCUCCCAACUCGAAGAGGCCACUGUUUCCCAGAUGAUCACGCAGCCUGAACCAAAUACGUGUCUCCCGUCACUGCAGCAUCUGACGGGUACCUGCAUGGAGGCAGAUGCGCGACGUAAGUUGCUGCUGACGGGUGGAUCAGAGGGUACGGUGCGGGCGUGGAGCCUCGAUAAACUGGAGAGUCGUGGUGUCGUUUUCGCUGGAGAUUCCUGGGUUGUUGGCGUACACUGGGCGAACCAGCUUCAGUGCAUCCUCAUCGUAACGUUGGACCGCAAGUUGAUUGUUUUGGAUUCCAAGACUUUGGAAGUGAAGCGGCUCUAUCGUGGUCGUGCGAUAGUAGAUUCCGUGGAUGGAUAUAUGUAUGCACACGACAGCGUGCGGUCGGUUAAGGUAGGAGGGAGGAUCAAGGCACAGGGAACGCGGCACGGCGCAGCAGGCGAUGAUAUUGGUAUUGGUGGAGAGAGGACUAACGGUAACACUUUUGGUAGAACUCAAGGCACGUCUCCAUUGUGGCGCCCUGGACAAGUGAAAAAGAAGAAAACACCCGAGGCCACUGCGACAUUGGCGACACCUGGAACAGGACCAUACGUGCAGUGCUCUGUAGAGGAAUGCCUUUUGGCUGGUCUCGUGGAUGCUGUAUCGUGUUCUCUUUUCCACCAUUCCGCACUUCGUGAGGAUGUGCUAUUGCUGGCAACAGUAAUUGGGGAGGUGCGCUUCUACGUGAUUCCAAAAACUUCAAAGCGAGUGAUCUCACCGCAGUCUGUAGUGCGCUUGCAUGAGAAACGUAUCAACAAGAUGAGCAUUAUGUUCUGUACCAGUGCUCUCUUGACAGCAUCGGAUGACGGCACCGUUAAGAUGACCUCGCUGGAUACAGGAUCGCUGCUGCGGACGUUUGUGACGUCGGGUCCUGAGCAGCAUGCGGCGGUGCAUGAUUUUGCAGUGAAUUCGCAAUUGCGGCUGCUUGUGACAGUGGGCCCGGAGCGGUACGGCAUAGUCUGGGAUUUCUCUCACGAAACUCCAAUGGCUGUGCUUGAUGCACACAACAGCCCAUGCCGGUGCUGCGCUGUGCAUUCGAAGCAUAGCCAAAUCUUUACAUCUGGAACAGAUGGAUCUAUAUUUAUCUUUGACACGCAGGGUUAUAGGCUGACACAGGUGCUUCACGUGCAGCAUCUCACUCCCCAGCGUAUUAUGUACGAUGAAAAGCAUUUGCGCCUGCUGUGCCUGGCAACACACCCAUAUUUUCACGGGCGGCAGCGUCACGCGGCUACUGCGUGUUCAAGCAAGUAUGAAGGCCACAUGGCGGCGAUGGUGGGUGUGAUGUACAACAAGACCUAUGAUGUUAUUGUCACCAUUGACGUGGAAGGGCACGUUAUGACAUGGAAGCGGUAUAACGGCGCCCCCGUGUUUACUUUUCGGCUGAAGGACUUCUCCGACUCCGCCGUGAUGAAUGCUGCGCGGCUCACAUGUUUUGCGUUGGACGGGCUAGAGCGUCGUUUGCUCACAGGAUUUCAGAACGGGGCAGUGGCGGUGUGGAACUUAGUGAAUGGCCAGACGACAAACGUUAUUACAGCAGCUGCAGAAAGUUUCGCUACGACCACCAUUAGGCCGGAGGUGACGGCGCUCGCAUCCUUGAUGCGUGAAGGUAUUACUUUUUUUAUUUUCGCUGCCGCAGGACAGCUCUUCUCCACCCGAGAGUCGAGUACAUUCACCAUUGCAAGUGCUAGCAAGUGGGAGAUGCCAGAGCGCUUUGGCGAGGUGCUCGCGAUGCUGCCGGUGUCGCCACAGAUUCUCGUGUGCGGUACCUCUUCCGGUGCACUUGUGUUCUACCACGUGCUGGCGGAACGGCAAGAGGGCUCUGCGCUCUGGGUGGUUGAUGUCACGGAGCCUUUGCGCCGCUCGCUCCGCCCCUCCAUCGAGGGACGGCGCAAUGAGCCACAGGGCCCUGUGAUCACCUCUCGCGUGAUUAAGAUGUUUCCACUCCAAACUGUGGGAGAACACAUCCUCAUGACGGUACACGCGGAUGGCACCGUGGCACUGUGGCAUACGCUACGCCGUCUAUUGAUGGACACUGCCAGUGUGCGAAGUGCGUUCCCGACAAAUGGAUGUGAGACAAGCUUGUCACACGUUUCGAUGGAUCGCGAGGAUCAGCACAUUGUAUUUGCUGAUGAUCACGGUAACAUUCACGUCUGCAGUCUUGUGCUCCGCGCGUCUCCCGACGAGGGAUGCAUGCGCCCACCACGUUUGCCGCAGCUUCAGAGCGGUAGCGGCACCGGCAGGCUGAAGGUGCGUUGGCCUGGAUCACCCUUUGACAGCCAGGAGUUUGCGGAUGACAUGGAGGUUGGUACAAAGGUACGUGAGGACGGUGGGGAACAAACCGACGACAAACAACAGAGGAUUGUAGAAGAAAAGACUCCCUAUGUUUUUGCUGGUUUCUGCAGAGACUAUGUAUUUCAUAGCGGGUUUUCAUCAGUAUCUGGUGUGGCUUUUAUAGACUCCCAAAAUAAAAGUGACACAGGGAUAACAGCAGCAGAAGCAGCAGCAGCAGCAAUGGAUGCAAGGACUUCACCCGAUAUUCAAGUGGAUACGAGAGAAGUAGGACCCAUGCAGAAUAAGGAGACAGGGACGAGACCCUCAACCGCCACUCCUAGUGGCACUACCAGUGGUGCCGUCCCAUUCGCCUUUUCUCCACCUGUUAGUUAUGGUGGCUUAAUAGUGGUAUCAUCUGGUUCUGACAACUUCACGCGCCUGUUCACUUUCGACGGGACAAUUAUUGGAGAAUGCGGGAUGAACAAGUGGGCCUUGGGCAAAGUAUCAACGUACGAAUUCCUAGGCUCUAAACCGACAAGAAGGCUCCCACCGCAUUACUGCUCUGUUGAGGUCGUAGAUUUCUUGCAGGAGGGGCUUCUGAUGGAAAAAAGCUUUGCUGCAAGCUACCGACGUAGUCGACAGGCACGUGGCCCACUUAAGGUGGGUAAACAACCUGGAGAUUCCUUGUUGGCGUAUGAGGUACCGGUUCAUCAUUCGUUGGCGAGUGCUGUUGAUUCAAGCACCGUGUUGGCACCGGGUCCUGGUGGUUCAGCGUUAGAAUGCCAGCAGGGAGACCGGUCUCCUGUGCAAACCUUGGCUGAGGAACUCCUGAAGCGGGUAGAUCUUGGGCAAGAACAAAAACAGCCUCAGCGGUCGCAGCAGAGUCAGGGACGGACGCGAUUUCUCCCGCUGUCAAAGUCUCCUCCACUUGAUGAGAUGACGACGCUGUCUACACAAUUACGCUCUCGACGUGCGCGAGAAACACAAAUGAUGGGACUUGUCAAGGGCGAAUAUAUUUCAAAGCUGCGCGGAUUGCCUAUUGUUGACACGGAGGAUGACUCGACCCCUCCUGAGAUACCCUCCGGUAUUCUAUAUGGCACAAGAAGUCUCGUGCGGAUUGAUCAGGCUAGUGAAUCUUCUGCCGUGCUCUCCGGAACCAACAAUAACGUUACCCACGUCGCCGCAGUAGAUAACACUGUCCAGGAAGGAGCAUCUGUUGGUGUAGACACGUGGAGCUCCGCCUCGGCUACGACAGCUGUUGGAGGUGGUGUUGCUCAUGGUGCAGGUUUGCAAAAGUUGCACCCAACAUCAUCGACGACAGGAGCGCGGAAAUGGGCGCCGUCUGCUAUAAACGAACCUGACACGGCACGAGCUGCUGCAGCGUCGGGAAAUCACCACGGUGUGGUGUUUAGCAACGGUGUAGUCCCAGCUGAAGACGAAUCCUCACGCAACGGCUUGAUACAGGAACACAUGCAGGCACAGCGGCGCAUGCUGCUCAUGUUGGGGCGAAAGGACUCUGUACUCGAGGGAAUACUGCCCUGCACAAGCGGUACAAGCAACACUGGUUCUUCAAUUGAGUCUGAUACAGGGGCGUUCUGUGCUCAUCUGCUCGCGUCACGCCGGCUGCAGUCGUCGGGCGUUACGGAUGCAAAGUCUCGCGUGGCACAGAUUUCUUCGCGAAUGCGCUUGUUUCGUGUGGAGCAGAUAAUGCCACCGAGGGGGACGCGUGCGCGCGAGGAGGUCUCUGCAUGGGAUGAGAGAAUGAAAAGCAUGAACAGUCCUGACAACAAGAGGUAA